AUGGAGUCCGCGGCCGUCGUCGGCCGCAGGCUCCGGGUCGUCCGCGAGCUCUACUCCGCGCCGAACGGAUGCCGCGUGUUCCGGGUCAGCGACGUCCACGCGCCGCAUCAGCCCGAGUACGCGCUGAAGCAGGUCUCCUUCGGCUCGCCCGAGGGCCCCCGGGCGGUGAUGCACGAGGCCGGCGUCUUCUCCAGCCUCCGCCACGAUUGCAUCCUUCGUCACGUCGCCAGCUGGACCUCGGACGCGGACGUCGCGCAGCUGGACGACGACGCGCGGGUCCUGGGCGCGCGGCGGUCGAGGAUGCUGGGCGAACGCGACGACUCCACUUUCAGUCACCACGGAGACGUCAUCGAGGUGCCAACGUCGGCGCGAGCGUGCGCGGUCGACGACGUCGCGAUGCUCGCCGACGCCACGCGGCGGCGGCACACCUACCUCUACAUCCUCAUGGAGCUCGCGCUCGCCACGGCGUGGGACGCGCUCGGCUUCCUCGACGACGAGGACGAAGCCGCGAACGAAUCCGGCCCCAUCGUCGUCACCACGUCGCACGUCGACGACGCGACCCGAUGGAGGUGGACGAUAUCCACCGCGAGGGCGCUGGCGUGCAUCCACGGCGACAACGUCAACCUGGUGCACAGGGACGUCAACCCGUGGAACGUGUUCGUCGUGGACAGGGUCGCCGCGGGGGUGAUACGAGCGACGGGCGGGGGGGUGGCGGUUCGCGGCCGGGGGUACGUCCCGCUGGGGGAGAGGCUCCUGUGGGGACGCAAGGGCGUGGGGGGAGCGUCGGACCUGACUGUCAGCGCGAAGUCGUCGAUGUUCUCCGCGCCGGAGCUCGGGUCCGACGUGGGCGGGUCCGGAGGGGAUCCGGAAUGGUCCAGCUCGCGUCCGACGUUCAGGGGCGGCGCGGGGUACGGCGCCGCCGCUGACGUGUACUCGUGGGGGAUGACGGUGCUGUGCUUCUUCUGCGACGACGGGAGGGACGCGCGGAGGACGGUGCGGGCGGUGCGGGAGGCGAGCUUAGCGGGGCAGGGUAGGGGCGAGUUGGGGUGGGGCGUCGGCGGCGGGGGCGGGUUCGGAGGUGAAGGAUCCGUCGGCGACGGGAUGAUGCUGCCCAACCGCUGGGGCAGGCGAUGCCCGUUCCCCGGCACGUUGCGGGACGUGGUGGCGAGGACGCUGCGGCUGGACCCGGAGACGAGGCCCACCGCGGCGGAGAUCGUGAAGAUGCUGCUCGGCGCGCGCAACUGA